AAUGAGCGGACGCCGUCCUCCCUUUCGGCCUCUCGGCCAACAGCCACCGCCACCGCCACCAGGAGUUCCGCCGCCGCAACCCCCUCCUAUGAAUGUCGAUCCUAAUCUCAACCUUCAGUUGCAGAAUAUGUAUUUCCAAUACUUAGCCAAUACUCUUCUCCAGAACCUCCAGCUCCAGCAGAGCAUCGCUGCCCCUCCCCCUCCCAACCCUAAUUUCCUGGUUCCAAACUUUAAUCUGCCCAUUCAGAAUCCAGGUAUGUUCCCUCACCAGCAACUCCCUAGUAGCUCAGCUGCCCAGCUGCCGCAUUGCUCGCCUGCGCCGUCAUUGCCACCGCCACCGCCGCCACACCCCGGCGGUUCGAUUGACCAAAGGCACGAAGACCCAACCAGGGAACCGUCUAUGAAUAAACCUCCAGCGGUCCCUUUUGAGAGAACCCAGCCCUUUGCAAUGAAACAUGAUAACCUAAGCAAGAAUAAGUCUAUUGAGAAAAUUGACCGGGCAGCGGAUAAGGCGAGGAGAGACCUUAUUGCUGCUGGGGAGGGCGUUACGUCAUGGAAGGUUUCCCAGGAAGUAUUGCUGGCAUUGCAGGUUGAUUCAUGGCAAUCUUUAGGGUUUAGGAUGCAGGAGAUACCGUCUCUGCACCGGCUCAUUCUCACUGAAGGGAAGGUAAACGCAUUCAUCCAUUGCUUUGUUGCAGUCUGGAGGAUGACCUCAUUGUAUGACCUAGAAGUGGCACUGUGCCAAAAUGAGGGUGUUGAGCAGUUUGAAGAUCUGGAUUUGGGACCGCUGUUGCAGCAUCCUCUCGUCUUACACUACUUUUCUGUCAAUUCUAAUGUCACCGAAGUGUUAAAGAUAACUAGGGAGGACAUACUUGCUGACCUUCAAGAGUUCAUGCAUUUCCAUAGAAAGAAACAUAUAAAAGUUGAUGAAUUUCUAGAUUUCGUCUCUCAGAAGCGAUCGAUUGUGGAAAAAGAAAAGCUUGGAGUCCGUAUUCAGAACUUGGGGAUGUAUAUUUCUUUUAUCCGGGAUGCCAAGAGGUCUGAAGAUGAGGCAUUGACGUUGGCGAGACGGAAAAUAGGUUUUGCAAGGAACACUGUUGGCACAAGUACAAAGCAGCCUCCUUCUAACGACCAUAAGAACCUGGAGGAGCGUUUUUUCCACUAUAUGUCGGCGGGUUGAAACAUUUUCCUCUGUACAAAAUGUUUUCUGUGGGAAGCACAUUCGCUUUGGUUCAUCAAGCUCUGAAGACGAAGAAAGUGACAAUGGUUCAAGUGAAGAUGAAAUGACGCCAAAUAGGCACAACACUGAUAUGAAGAUACCAUUACAAGAUUUCAGUGGCUCCUUUCGUGUAAAUAGUUGUCCUUAUCCAUCUGCAACUGAGGAGAGGUCACGACUGGGGUUGAAAGGUGAUGUUGCUUCCCAGUCUUCUCAUGAUGCUGAGAGAAAACACAGUGGGUUGGGAGGUAAAAGAAAACUCCCGAUGACAAAAGGCACCGUGUCACCACCUUCCAAAUUUCGUAAAGUUGACAAGGUAAAAGAAAACGGUAUUGCAGAUUUUAAUAUACCGGAUGACGAUUCUGCUCUAUUAUCUGAUAGCUCCAUGAAAAAGUUCAUUGCGACAUGGAAGGGGGACUGUAAGGAGCACACUCUAGUCAAGGUCCCAGAAAACUCCAGGACAUUUGCAAGACGCAGGAAAAAAAUCAAGUCGACAAUUUUGUCUCAGCCUGCCAUUGGAUUGCUUAAUGUUGCUAUAUCAUCCAUGAAACUUGGAAUGUGGGAUAGCAUUUAUGACACUUUUCAAGGAAUUACUCAACAAGGGAUGCAGGGGCAUGAGCGCAUUGAUGUUGAAGCAGAAGAAGAGCACACAUCUGUCGAUGUUGAAGUGGAAGGAGAACACACACUUGUUAAGUCUGAGCAGAAUCAGCAAACCAUGAAAGCAGGUGUAGCAGUUGAAGACAUUGUUGCAAAAAUUUCUACCUACUGCGAGCUUGAUCAUGAGCUCUGGCGCACCAGUAAGUCAAACUUGGAAAGUAGAUUUAUCUUUCUGCAGAAGCUUUGCUGUUGCGAGCGUUGGUUGGUUGACCAUUUUGGCAUUAAAGAAUUCAACACCCUCGGUCAUGGUGAGUUCUUUGUUUUCCUGGAGAAACACAUUUCCCUCUUACCGGCUGGAUUCCAGAAUCUCUUGGUUCAUGAACCAUGUAGAAGCCCUUCACUUGAGGUUCACAUUCUCCAGGAUCAGUUGAUUCUGUUAGUUGUGCAAGCUUCAAAUAAUUUGUGGGAGAAUGAAACCAUUACGACACAGAUGAUCUCUGCAAUGCUUGCAAGGCAAUUUCCUUCGUUCAGUGCCAAUGUUACUGGAGACUGCUCUAGUGAACGUUUUCUAGGUAUUGUGGAGAAACAUAAGAGUAACGUUAUCUCCAAGAGCAUUCUGUUUUCUGCAACAUUGUUGGGAUCUGAUCAUAUUGGUAGCCACUUGGGUCACAAUGAAAGUGGAAGAUUAGCAACCUCUGGCAGUGAGAAGAUGUCCCUUUUGUCUGUUACGUCCAAGGCUGCCAUUGACGUUCUACUUCAAGCUCCCAUGUUGUCUGAUUUGAAAUUGUGGUCUCACUGGGAUCUGAAGUUUGCUGCGUCUUUUGGCCCUCUCCAAGAUUUUUUGGUGAGUGAAGUAAAUACCAGAGAGCUGGUAUGUCUUGUCACCAGAGAUGGAAAAGUGAUUAGACUUAAUCAUUCUGCUACUGCUGACACGUUCUUGGAAGCUUUUGUUAGGGGAUCUCCUCUCCUAACUGCCACAGAACUUUUGUCUUUCUUCUCACUGACUGGUGGUGAGAAGCAUGUUCCUUUGUCCCUUCUCAAAUCCUAUGCGUGCAAUGCAUUUGGUGUCAUUCUGAAUGAUGCAUCAGACAGUAUGGGUGUUCAGGGAUAUGCAACGAACCAAGCGAUUGCUAUAAUGGGAUCAAAAGAUCCGAGCUUUCCACUUUCUGUUGCUUCAAGGUUUUUUCUUGACUGCAUUGGUUACGUGCCUGCAGAGUUUCGUGGUUUUGUAGCUGAUGUCUUGCUUGCUGGAAUGCAGUCUGUAACUUCUGAUGCCUCAUCAGCUAUUUUGCUCGAAUGCAGAGGAGUAGAACGUCUCAUGCUUCAUGAAAUAGGGCUAUCCAUUGACGUAGCAGAAUGGAUAAAGGACUACCAUGCAUUUUCUUCUGAUUCCAAUUACUCAGCCAAAUUCUCUGGAUCGUUAUGUAUGGAUGUUUCCAUGUCCGAGUCAAGCACAGUACAGAGAUACAACCAAGAUGGAACUGAUGAAAGACCACUUGCUUCUUAUGGGGAUCUUUCAUGUGAUAAGGGAGGUACCGAUGGCAGUCUUACUGUAGGUGAGGCAGUGAUCACUAGUCACACAGGUUGGUCUGGAUUAGAGAAUAAUGAUAAGGAGAAGGAUGCAGCAUCCAUUGUUGACUCUAUUAGGAGAGAAGAAUUUGGUCUAGAUCCAAACCUUUCAAGCAUGGAGAGUGAUAUGUUGAGGAAACAGCAUGCUCGCUUGGGAAGAGCACUUCACUGCCUAUCACAGGAACUGUAUUCCCAAGACUCCCAUUUUCUUCUUGAGCUGGUUCAAAAUGCAGAUGAUAAUACCUAUCCAGACAACAUGGAACCGACCCUUGUGUUCAUCCUUCAGGAUUCAGGCAUUGUUGUCUUGAACAACGAGCAUGGAUUUUCUCCUCAAAACAUCAGAGCACUAUGUGAUGUUGGUAAUUCAACCAAGAAAGUAUCUGGUACUGGCUACAUUGGACAAAAGGGGAUUGGCUUCAAAUCUGUGUUUCGGGUUACAGAUGCUCCUGAGAUCCAUUCCAAUGGUUUCCACGUUAAAUUUGAUAUAAGUGGUGGACAAAUAGGGUUUGUUUUACCAACAAUUGUGCCUCCUUGCAAUGUUGAUUUCUAUAGCGGGUUGGUUUCUGGUGGCAGUGAACGCUGGAAUACUUGUAUCGUGCUUCCUUUUCGGUCAAAAUUAUCUGAAGAAACCACUAUGAGAAUGUUUUUGGAUCUUCAUCCUUCCUUACUACUCUUUCUUCACCGCCUCCAAUGCAUCACUUUCCGUAACAUGCUCAAUGACUCGCUUGUCACUAUGAGAAAACAAAUUGUGGGAGAUGGUAUAGUAAAUGUUACAUGGGGAGGAGAUAAAAUGACCUGGCUUGUAGCAUCUCAGAAGCUCCAGGCUCAUUCCAGCCGACCCAAAGUACAUACAACUGAAAUUGCGGCAGCAUUUACUCUUAAAGAGUCGGACAAUCGUGACUAUACCCCUUGUUUGGAUCAACAACCAGUUUUUGCGUUUCUUCCCUUGAGAGCUUAUGGGCUGAAAUUUAUUCUCCAAGGCGAUUUUAUUCUCACUUCGUCUAGAGAGGAAGUGGAUAGGAACAAUCCCUGGAACGAGUGGUUAUUGGCAAGUUUCCCUGCAUUAUUUGUCUCUGCCGAGAGAUCAUUUUGUUCCCUCUCUUGUUUCAGGGACAAACCAGGCAAAGCUGUGACUGCUUAUAUGAGUUUUGUUCCGCUUGUUGGAGAGGUGCAUGGGUUCUUUUCAGGACUCCCUAGGGCAAUUGCUCUGGAGUUAAGGAGGACGCCUUGCCUGUUCCUUGAGGGGGACACCUCGAAGAUGGUUUUGCCUAGCAAGGUGCUCAGAGGUUGGAAUGAAGAAGCUCGCAUUCUCCUACCUGAAGCCUUGCUGCAAGAGCACCUUGGCCUUGGAUUCUUAGACCACAACAUAGAAUUGUGCGACUCACUUGCAAGUACUUUGGGUAUUAUCGAAUAUGGACCUGAACUUCUGGUUAGAUUCCUGACUUGCUUAUGUCGCACAGGAAAUGGACUCCAGUCCAUGGGUGUGGGGUGGUUCUCGUUGCUGUUAGAUGCUCUCUAUCAAAUGCUACCAAAUUCUUCUGCGGAAGGUGCUCUUCUGCACAGCCUUCGGGCUCUUCCAUUUAUUCCUCUGUCAGAUGGUACGUACAGCUGCACUGCUGCAGACACAAUUUGGUUUCAUUCUGAUGUUUUGAGCUCAGGCCAUGGGUUUGAGGCUUUCCCGAAGUUGUAUGCUGAGCUUCGGAUUGCAAAUCCUGUCAUCCUUUCUGCACCAGCUGCUGAUGGAGCUUCUUCACAAAACAUUGUGUUAAUGCUACAGAAACUUGGCGUUCAACCAUUGUCUGCCCAUGAAAUCACGAAGGUGCAUAUUAUAGAUGCUCUAUCCGAUUUUAGCAGGGACAGACAUUCUAUGAUAGACUAUCUCUGUUUUGUGAUGAUCCACUUGCAAUCAAGCUGCCAUAUAUGUCAUAAUGAAAGGAAAUCAAUUAUGUCUGAUUUGAGAAGUAAGGCAUAUCUUCUGACAAAUAAUGGAUUCAAACGGUCAAGUGAUACCCCAAUUCAUUUUAGUAACGACUUUGGGAAUCCUAUCGAUGGAAGGAAAUUUAGUAAUGUUCUGGGGAUGGAAUGGCAUGAAGUUGAUGUUACCUAUUUGACCCAUCCAUCAAAUGGGUCACUUCCUGGUGCACUGACAAAAUGGAGGGAGUUUCUCAUGGAGAUCGGCAUUACAGACUUUGUUCAAGUUUGUCAAACGGACAGGAAAAUUGGUGAUUUAUCUGGUCCAUCAAUUAAAGAAUUGAUGAGCGAUGUUAAGCUGAUUUCUCCAGAGUUUAUUGCCAAAGAUUGGGAAUCAAAGGAGCUGGUGCAGUUACUGUUUCUUUUGUCAACCAAUGGUGAUGUACAGUGCUGUAAGUAUCUCCUGGAGAUUCUUGAUAAAUUAUGGGAUGAUAGCUUCAGUGAUAAAGUAACUGCAUACUGCAACGGUAAUACUAGUGACAAUUCUAGACCUUUCAAGUCUUCCUUUAUAAGCAGCCUCCAUGAUGCUCGGUGGGUUGUCUCGAGCAUGGAUAAUGAGCUUCACUACCCUAAGGACCUCUUCUGUGAUUGUGACACCGUACGGUCAAUUUUGGGCCCUUUCGCCCCAUAUGCUAUUCCAAAGGUAAAAAGUAGUAAGUUACUGGCAGAUAUUGGCUUUAAGACCAAAGUCUCUCUGGAUGAUGCAUUGGAAACUGUAGCAUUAUGGAGAAAAUCAAAUACUAAUUUCAAGGCCAGCAUAGCACAAAUGUCCCUGUUCUACACAUUUCUCUCUGAAGAAUUGGCUAUCUCUAAGAAGAAUAUUCCGGAGGCAUUUGGCUCUGAACCCUUUAUUUUUGUUCCCUCCAAAACUGCGACAAGGCAUAGCAAUAUGGUGCGAGGUGCUUUUUCACAUCCUGAAGAAGUUUAUUGGGAUGAUCCGACAGGCUCUUUUCACGAAAUGAAGCUCCGUCAUCAACGGAGCUCGACUUCAAUUACUCGUGAGCCAUUGAAUAAGGCACUGUGUAAUGUUUAUCCAGGCCUUCAUGACUUUUUUGUUAGCCAGUGUGGUGUACGUGAAAGCCCUUCUUUGUGUGGCUAUCUUGAUAUCUUGAGGCAAUUAACAGCUCUUGCACCACCUUCUGAAGCUGCUAGUGCAGUUUUAAAAGUCUUCUUGAAGUGGAACAGUGAAUUCAAAUCUGGUUUGUUAAGUUCUGAGGAUCUGAUUCACUUGAAAGAAUGUCUCAUGAAACUUGAAUAUGCUAUACUUCCUACUGCACCAGAUAAGUGGAUGUCCCUGCAUCCCUCUUUUGGUCUUGUGUGCUGGUGUGAUAAUACAGAGCUAAGUAGCGACUUCAAACAUCUGGACAAUAUCAAUUUCCUGUACUUCGAUACCCUCAAUGACAACGACAAGGAGAUACUUAGUAAUCAAAUGUCACAAUUCUUUAAAGAAUUGGGGAUACCUGCUCUCUCGGAGGUUAUAACUCGCCAGGCAAUAUACUAUGGUCCAUCAGACUCUAGCUUCAAAUCUUCUAUGGUUGAUUGGGCCCUUCCUUAUGCUCAGCGCUACAUGCAUGGCAUUCAUGCCACGAAAUAUAACCAACUCAAGCAAAAUGGUUUUGAAACUGUGAAGAAGCUAGAAAUCAUUGUGGUUGAGAAGCUGUUUUACAAAAAUGUCAUUAGAAGUUGUGGCAAAUCAUCUCGGAGCCGAUAUGAAUGUAGUUGUCUUCUACAGGAUGAAACUCUGUACUCCACAGUAGCAGCAGAUCCCCAUGCAUUAUUCCUGGAGCUUAGUCGUUUAUUCUUUAAUGGUUUUCCAGAUCUGCACUUAGCAAAUUUUCUUCAUAUGGUCACAACCAUGGCUGAAUCUGGCUCUACAGUGGAGCAAACGGAGUUCUUCAUCUUGAACAGUCAGAAGAUAUCAAAGCUGCCUGAUGAAGAAGCUCCCUGGUCACUCUCCUGCGCUCCUGCUUCAAUAGGGAGUGGUGAAUCCCUGACAACAGAUAUUGUUUCUAUGUCAACGGAUGGUGAGGAUAAAUGCUUGGUACCGAGUGAAGUUUCAGCACUAGAAACUGGAUCAAAAUCAUCGAGAUACCAGAUAAAAGCUGGAUUCGGAUUGAGCUGGCCUCCUGCAGAUUGGAAAACUGCUCCUCGUUUUGAUCCUCACGCAAGGGACCUCAAAACUCAGGCGUCUACAUCUUUUGGCUUAGCUAAGGACCCGUUGAAUGAUGUCGUGAAACGGAUGGAAGGUACAAAUAAUGGCGAAUGGACCAUUAGAGAGGAUCCAGGAACAUUGCCUACUCCUGGCUAUGAAUCUGUAGACAAUCAUAUUGACAUUGCUCGUGAACAAACCCAUUUGGCGUAUGGCACAGCUGAUCCUGCAAGGUUCAGUAUCAUGCCUGAUCGCCCCGAGCCAAUGAUGUCACUUGGAUUUGCCAAGAGAGAACAGUUCAAUAUAACUGCAGGAGGUAGUAAUGAGCAUACAGCAGCGACGGGGAGAUUGGGCGAGGAGCUCGCUUUCAGAUACUUGAAAGCGAAAUACGGGGAAGAAGCUGUGAGGUGGGUUAAUGAACAGAAAGAGACCGGGUUACCCUACGAUAUACGAACAGUUGGCAAAGAGCACGGUGGGCAGUAUUUCGAAGUGAAAGCAACAGAAUCGGUGCGUAAAGACUGGUUCUUCAUAUCAGGAAGAGAGUGGCAAAUGGCAGCUGAGAAAGGUGAUGCCUAUACCAUUGUUCAUGUGCUGUUGGGGAAUCACAAUGCGAAGGUCAGUUUGUUCAGGAAUCCGGUGAAACUGUGCCAGCAAGGAAACCUCCGGUUGAUUGUUGUGAUGCCAAACCAAUUGCCGCAGACGUAGGUGGGACUUCUUCCUUGUUUGUAUGUAUAAAAGGAAGAAAUAUUUGUGUUAUUGAAAUGACAAUAAAAAAUAUUCAAAUUUGUUGGAAUUAUUACUAUAAAAUUAGUCAUUUUCCAUUCUGUUGAUCACAACGGUGUGCAAGGAUUGGACCAAACCAUG